AUGGAGACGAUCAACUCACUUUUUUCCUAUUUUUCUUCGCCCCCUUCAUGGUCCUCGCGUCCACCACAGACGCCCUCGCCACCCUCCGAAGAGCCGACCACCUCGUCUGAAAACAGUUCCUCUGGAAGCAAAACUUCCAAAAUUAGCCUUGAGAAUCACUCAAAGAAGGUGGAGUAUCUAAAACUCCCUCAAGGCCCUCAGGAGCCCAAAGAACUUCAAGAGACAACUCUACUCUUCAGAUUCAUGGUAUACGCCUCUGGUGGCACGCUCCCCUCGGAAGUCAGAAAAGUGACGAGCAAGGCGACGAAACACCGAAAAAGCACCGUCAAUUGCGCACCUUCCAAACAAGCAACGCAGUACUCUUGGGUAGUCCGGCAUCAAUGCCGUAAGAAGCGCAGAAGGGGCAGGGAUCCCCUUGAAGCUGAGGUUUUACUGGCGGGAACUGGCGACAUAGCUACACACGAGGAAGAUACUCACGAGGUUGACACACACGAGGACACACACGAAGACACAAACGAAGACAUACACGAGGAGGACGCACAAGAGGAGGAUGUACGUGAGCAAGACGCGCAUGAGCAAGCUUUUUGUGGGAAGGGCUUACCUGGAAAGGAUUCGAAAAAGUUCGUUACUUUCGAUAUAUCCGCCAAUCCACCCAAGCAACCAGCGCUGAGAGUAACUUUGAGGGACAGCGCUCCAGUUCCAAGAUCAUGGAGCUUUAGCCUUUUUCAGAGGCCCAGAUUCAGGUUUUACUGA